GAUAAUCAAUAGACAACUGAGAUAAGAUUUACAACAUAAUCUCCAAAUAGAAAUUACAAUCCAAUGAAUUCAUCAAUAUAAUUCAUUCCAGAUAUUACCCAAGAAAAUCUAACAGAUUAGGUUCCUUUACCUUAAAAAGAAACCAUAACAAAGGGCAUUCUAAAAACAUUUUACUAUGAAGAUAUUAAAAGGAAAAAGAUAAUUGGAUGUAACAUUUAUGUGAAUGAAAUGAAUGACAAAUAAUUGUAACUAUCUAAGCGUGGAAAGUAAUGCAGGAUUUGUAUGGCUGACGAAGAAACUUCCAGAUUCAUAACUCCUUGCGCUUGCAAAGGAACCUUAAUGAAUGUUCAUGAAGAAUGUCUAAAAUUGUGGAUAUUAUAAAAGAAUGGAAUUGAAGACGUAUUCAAAGAUAAGAUUAAAUGUGAAUUAUGUUCCUAUAGAUUUAGAAUGAGAAUGUAGAUCGUUAACAGAGUUAGUUUAAAGAGAUUCUCUGAAGUACCAUCUCAUUAGAAGAUUUGUUGGUUAGUUUAUCUGUUUGUUAUUAUUUCCCUGAUAAGCGGAUUUGUUGCCUUAUAUAUGGAAUACAAUUUAACCAAUAUAGGAGUGGAUGCCGUGAUGACCCUAAUCAUAGUUUUGUCCUUAAUAUUGUUUGUCUAUUUUUUGGCUAGCAUUUUAACUUCACUCUAGAUUGAAAUGAUUGAAAAUUGGACACUUUCUCCAUAUAAACCUAGAAGAGAUACCAAGUAAGGCAGCUUUUUUUAGUUAUAAUCUCAUAUGGGACAUAGCAUCUCUGGAAGUCCUUUAGCAAGGAGGAGAACUGUUCAAUUAUAAACCUGUCCCCCGCAAAUUACAAGUCUUUAAGUAAUUUAAAUCAACUAAUUAAUGACAAGUGCUAAUCUUUCAGAACAAUGA